UAAAUUUCAGGGUGAAGUUUAAUUUCACCGUAACCAAAACAGCUUUUAAAUUAUUUCAAUAAGCGCAGAUGAAUUGAUGUCUAUCAUCCUGAUGAGACCUCUGGGAGUAAUACAUUACGUGGAACAUUUUUAUAAUUAAGAAUAGAGUUACCAGAAAGAUAUAAUGUGCAGAACUUAGUUUGAUUAAAAUACUUACAAAUGUAUCAAAUUUGCUAUAAAAACGGUUUUAGAAGGGAUUUAAUUUACACAUAGACAGUAUGUUAGUUCCCACACAUUCUGUAGAAAGUGAAAAAGGAAACCAGAAAGGAUACAGAGGACACAGAUCAUCACAUCAUUGUUUAGCAUGGCCCUGACCUGGCCUUCUUUUCCACAAUGGCUGCUGUUCGCUGAUUCAUCCAAAGCUGUAGAUCUGAUGAGUGUCCAUUUUUGGGUCAGUGAACUGCAUGCCAUACUGCCACACUGAAUACUGAAUAGUGAACAGAGAGGAGAGGCUAUAGCUUUCAGACUCUCAUCUGAAUACACUAACUACACACAGCACACACUCAUUGCACUGACAGCCCCUGAAUCAGGUGCAGACACAUUCUGUUUAGCCUCACAAAGCAGUAGCAGAAGUUCCCACAGAGCUUUGGGAGUAAUAUUUGGAUUUACUUUAAGAUACUGCUACAACAGAGAGCAUGAGAUCGCCCUAUUUCCCAGCAAGAUCUGUGCUUUUCCACAAGGAGGCCAAUGGAGUGACAUACAGAGUUCCAGCUUUGCUCUACUUGACCCGCUUCAGAUCCUUUCUGGCCUUCUGUGAAGAGAGACUCAGCCCAUCUGACUCUCAUGCUCACCUGCUUGUCAUGAGGAAAGGCACUUUCUACAGGAACUACGUGGAGUGGGAAGACAUUUCUGUUUUGGGCACUGCCUUCCUGCCAGGCCACCGGUCUAUGAAUCCAUGCCCAGUGUACGAUGAGUUCACAGGCACACUCUUCCUGUUCUUCAUUGCUGUUCUUGGACACACGUCUGAAUCUUACCAGCUGGUGACAGGGAAGAAUGUGACUCGACUCUGCUACAUCACCAGCGCUGAUGGUGGGAACACCUGGAGCCCAGUCACUGACCUCACCAAGAGGGUUAUUGGAGACACUAUUAAAGAUUGGGCCACAUUUGCUCUGGGCCCAGGCCAUGGAAUCCAGCUCAAGUCAGGUCGUCUGCUCAUUCCUGCUUAUGCUUAUCACAUUGAGUGCAAAGAGUGCUUCGGUCAGCUCUGCCUGACCACUCCUCAUGCCUUCUGCUUUCACAGCGACACCCACGGGAGAAGCUGGCGUUUUGGAGAGCCAAUCCCAACUCCAGAGAGUGUGGAGUGUCAGAUGGUGUCUGUAGAUGAAGAGGAUGGUACUAAUGUAUUGUACUGUAAUGCACGCAGCCCCCUGGGAUACAGGGUGCAGGCCCUCAGUCUGGAUGAUGGAGCAGUGUUUCAGGAGGGGCAGCUGGUACAGCGGCUGGUUGAGCCUCGAAAUGGUUGCCAUGGCAGUAUUGUUGGAUUUCCUGCCCCGCUGGAUCUAUAUCAAAAUCUUAAUGAUCACUUGCAGCAUCCUGUAUACCACCUGAGACACUGGACAUCCUGCUUGACUAACAGUGAUCACAAGUUGACACACAGCAGCUCUGUAGCAUCACUGUCCCCAAACAGCUCCAGCAGCUGCAUGGCGGCACCUCCACGCUCAAACAUUACUUCUGCUUCCAUCAGCUUUUUGUCACCCCACAAUGAUGCCUCUCCAGAUUUCCUAACUCCGACCUGGGUAGUAUACUCCCAUCCAACAUUGACCACUGCACGGAAGGAUCUGGGUGUGUUCCUCAGCUUGUUUCCUCGUGAUCCUGACAGCUGGCAUGGCCCCUGGGUGAUCUACGAGGGUCCCAGUGCUUACUCUGACCUGGCCUACCUGGAGUUGUCACCCUCACCUGGAGCACCGCCAGCUGUGGCCUUCGCCUGCCUGUUCGAGUGCGGCACCAAAACGGCCUAUGAUGAAAUCUGCUUUAGCAUCUUCACCCUUUACGAGCUUAUAGACCAUCUUCCCAGGGAUGUACAGCUGCAAAAUGAGAGGUGCAGCAAUACGGCUCGAAGUGUAUCAGUUGGUCUGCAGGUGAAUCAUGUGAAAAAAAAGAGAAGAAAGACCAAGCUGAUGCAGAUGUGCUCUGUGUCUUAAAUAUAAAUUAGCUUUAAGCUUGUGAUAGACAGUGCCCUCCAAUAUUUGUACUCUGUAAACUGUCAGUUGCUACUUAUUUAGGUGUCAUGGUCAGGUCUCGCUUGUUAACCACUUGUAAUCUUAGUGAGACAUCCUGUAGAAUAAAGAAAAAUAAAUAAAAGACAGCUAAUACAGUUAUGGCGAUGUUGUUCAGUGUAUUUAAGUUGUUCUGAUUUGUGUUAUUAAAGUAUAAACUAC